AUGUCGGGGGUCGCCUCCCCGCUCCCUUUUGACUGCCUGACCAUCCGCCGCCGGCAAAACGUGUCCGCAGGCGCUGCCGUUUGCCUCACUCACUCGUGUCCUCGAUGCGAGUUCGCGGGCGCGCUGCGGGCUGAACGGCCCGUUCGCUGGCUCCUUGCGCCCCGACAGAGGCCCUUCAGAAAAGGCGGCCUCCACGAUGGACCACCUGCACUCCUCGCCAGCGUCGCUGCUACAUUCUCCGUCUCGGCGCCCAGACUCGCCGACGCCUCUCGACAGGAGUAUUCGCUGGGCGCGCGAGAAGACACGGGACGCUGCCUCGAGAUUCACUGCGGCUCUCACGAUGCGCCGGAAGGACGCGUCACCUCUGGGGCUUCGAGGAAGGCUCUGAGGGACACGCCAGCAGGCGCCAGAAGCAGGCGGCGUUUCCGCAGCGAAACGGAGGGCCUUACAGCGAAAAAGAAGGAACGAAAACGCGACGAGGACGAACUGCCCCCCUACCUGCUCGACGCCGUCGCGCUUCCAAAACAACUUUCCAGUCUGCUGAGGACACUGCGGCGCAUUCCGCCGGACCACACGCUGCCGUCGCGCUUCCUCUUUCCGCGCGUCCUUCCCCUCCUCGAGCAGUUUAAAAUUCUUUAUCGCCAGACGCAGCUGCCUCUCGACGAAGGCCGCGUGAGUCGCGACGUUCGGACUCCGCUGGGCGGCGCGGACGCCUCCUGUCUCCUCUCUCUCUCGUCCGCGUCUGCGGCGACUUUGCCGGCGUGCGCGAGCCCAGACGCGGUAUCUUUAGAAGCAAAGAACGCGGAGAGAUUGCACACACGCGAACGCGCAGCGGGGGCUUCCGCCAUACAGGACGGAGCGCUCGCGGAGGUGGACUCAGAAGAGACGAGACACGCUUGUCCAGCUCGCGAAAAGACGCAGCGCUCGGCCGUCGACAUUCGCGCGAAGGCGGAGGCGGGGGAGUGGAGUCCAGAGGCUGGAGGCGCGCGCCUGCGGCGACGGGAGCGCGGCGACUGGGGGAAGGACCCGAAGGAGAGGCGAGCCGGAAGCGGAGGCGAAAACCACGUGCGAGGGCAGCUCGAGAAUCUGCGCCUCCUCUGGCGGCUGUUGGUCCUCCAGUUCAUUCUCAAGCGAGAAAGGCUCAACGGCGGCGACCUGCAUUUUCUCGCCAGCGCCAUGGCUAAGUACAAACACUACGACCCCCUUCUUUUCGCUCUGCUUCUCUUCCGCGCGCUUGAGCUGAAAGACGUCAUGGCUCUCCACGACCUCGCGGGCCUCGUGGGCUGCCUCGCGCGGACUGGGCUCCUCAGCUCGUCGCCGCAGGAGACACCCACCCCCGACAAGUGCGAUUCCGGCUUUCCCUCUCCAUCUUCACUCUUGGGGCCUGCGUCCCUUUCCUCCGCCCAUGCCGCCGUGAGGCCUCCGCCGCUGUCGCCUCUGGCCGUCUGCCCUCUGGACCUCAACUUUGCGGAGUUCCUGGCGCUCCUGCUGCAGCCCGCGGGCUGCGGCGACAGGCUGCCGCCCGCCGAUCUCUCUGCGUGCGCCCGCGACCCCCCACGUGGAAAUACCGUUUUCUCUGUUGCCGCGCGUCUUCCAGCGGACGCGGCCGGCGCGGAGGAGCCGCCAGCAGCUCUGCGCGCGGUCGCCAGCGUCCUUCGGGCGCCGUCGGAGCGCGGCGGAGACCCGAGCGGGGCGGCGAGGCCCUCGUCGGACGGCGAGGGCGGACGAGGCGCAGCAGGUGCGGGGGCUGGCAGACUGGACUCGGGUGCAGACUCUGCGCAAAAGACGCGUGAGGCUUCGCAGGGAGAUCUGAACGAGCGCGAGAGGAAGAGAGAUCAAGCCAAGCGCCACCUGUUUCUUUCGUCUCCACCUUCUCUUCCGCCAUUGCCUUCCACGUGUUCUGCUCUCGGGGAGGGCGAUGCGGGGAGUUUGCGUCUGCCUCGCAGCUCGAGCCCAGAGGCAGGCCAACAUGUGCAGUCCCGUAGCCUUCCCGAUUUGUCGGAAGGGCUGUCUGAAUCACGCGCAAGCCCCGGUCGCGACUCCCCGGUCGCGGCCAAGUCGUCCCCCCUGGAGGAGACAGAUUUCCGUCGCCUCGCGGGCGUGCUGGGGCGGGCAUUAGGGCAGGACGCAGCGGCGAAGCGCGAGGUGCAUCGCCUCGUCUACGCGCGCCUGCAGGCCCUCGCGGCGGAACUGCUGAAAGCCACCGCAGAGCGCCUCCCCGCAGAGCUGCUCGAAGGCACCGCAACCGGGCAGGACAUCGGAUUUCUGUGCGAGGGCCUCGCCGCAGCUCGACUUCACAACGACGACCUUGCGGAGAUGAUCCUGAUGGCGGCCUUUCCUGAGCUGCAGAGCGAAGGCGCACUCGCGGACUCCGACUUCGCGCGCUUCCUCGUCGCGCUGCGAGAGGCCGCGCGGCCUCAAGAGGCGGAAAGCUGCGGCGAGCAGAGCCCGAGCGAGACUCGGGGAGGCACGAAAGAGCGCCCCGGGCGGCAGGGUGGCUCGGCGCGAGGUGCAGCAGCGCCGAGCUGCCCGAAAGACGAAGGGGAUGCAAAGGCCGCGUCGGAGGACGGAGGCGGGCGACCUCGAGAGUGCGUAGGCGCAGAGGUGUCUCGCGAAGAGCGCGAGAGCGGCCGGCAAGGAGAGAUGUGCGGCACUGGAGCCGAAGCGGAUGUAGAGUCUGCACGCGGCGCCAAGCCUUCUGGCGAAAGAGACGCCGGCCUCUGGCUUGCCCCUCCGUCCGCGGGGCCGGAGGGCGACUUGCUGGCGCGCGGCCGCAGGCGGAGGUCUACGCGGUCGCCCGCCGCUGCGGCGCCGGCGCUGGGGCGGUCUGCUACCGCACGGGGCGCGCGGCCUGUCGCUUCGUCCGCGCCCUCCUCCAUCGACGCUUCGUCUUCGUCUCUGCUGCCGCCUGUGGAGUUGGCGCCGAUGAACCUGACUUCUGUCAUCUCCUGGAUUGGCGCGAUGGGCGGGGCUCGGCUGGCGGGAGCCCUGGGCGCGUGCGCGCCGCGCGGCGCUGCGGAGGAAGACGAGAAGAGAUUCUUGGAGAUAUCCACGUUCCGCGAGGUCUCCUCAGACGCGCCUGCAGACUCCUCGGCCUCGGCUGCGUCCCGCGUCGCCCCGCCUGAGGCGUUCUCAGGCUCUGCCUCUUUGGCGGUCGCGGCGGAGAACAUCUACCGCCGCGUGGAUGUCUGGCAGGCGCUGAGCCGCGCGCUGCUGCGGCGCGUCGCGCGCGUCCCUCCGUUCGCGCUCGUGAAGAUCUGCGGGGCCUUCGAGGCCUCGCUCGUCAGGGAUCCGCGGAUGAUGAGCGUGCUCGCGCCUCGUCUUCUCCCACACCUAGACGGCCUUCCGCUUUCGUCGCUGGCGUCGCUGCUGUCGUCGCUGUCGAUUCUCGGGAUUCCGCACCCCUCGCUUCUUUCUGGCCUCUGCCGUGCGAUUUCGCGGCGCGUCUUUCUGGAUGCGCCGCCGCCGCGGCGGGUGUAUGGACACCAGGGCCUCGGCUCAGCGGCAUCGGCAGGCAGCGACAAGGGCGGGGCGAGCUCGGGAGAACGUGAAAGUCUCCACGCGGAGAGGCAACAGAGACGGAGGGAAAUCGAGCCGUUCCGAACUGUGCUGUGGCGACUCCUAGGGGCCAUGCCUGAGGCGCGUGAGGUGUAUAUACAGUCCAUUCGCAGUGCGUGCUCGUCCGCAGAAGCUCGGGAAGCGACUGCACCGUCGGGCGCGUCUCCGCUUCAGGCCUGCCGCGGACGGAUGCCGCCUGCGGGAGGCGGACACAAGGCGCCCAAAGAACGGAGAAAAGGGCGAAUCCACAUGAGAGAAAAAGGACGCAAAGCUGCGGCGGAGGUCCUCUCGACCUUCUACGUGCUGCUCGGCCGCGCGGCAGGUGUUAUCGACGUCUGCACGCCGCAGGAGGCGCUGCUCGUCUUGAAGGCGCAGUGCAGGCAGAACCUUUUUCACACGGCGCUCAUGAAGGGUAUCGGAGACGCGCUGGUUUCGUUCGCAGCUGCUCAAGGCGAAGGAACAUCUUACCUAAACACGGCAAAGCCCGAUUUGCCUCCUCAUCUCUGUUUUCUUCCACCGCCUCAUAUGCUGCCCGCUACAGCUGUCUCUUCGUUGUAUGCGGCUGAGAAGCGCAGUUGUGUCUCAAGUUUUCCAUCUGAAUAUCCGCUCACUCAUGGGCAUCUGAGUGCGUCCGCACCUGAUUCUCUUUCUCUCUCGUCCACACCUUCGCUUUCUUCUCCGCAUGCGCCAGCGGGUCCCCUGUCCGACUCCUUGCCGGCUGCGUCGCCGUUGUCUUCCUCGCCUUCCUCGACUUCCGACUACUCUCUGCUUUCUCCUUCUUGGCGGGCGCCUUUGUCUGCGGCUUCCUUCUUUCCUGCGGUGCUCGCCUCGCCAGAGGCUCGGACGUUCUCGUCGCUUCUCUCGCACGCCGGAACUUCGCCUGGCUUGCCUCCACUCGCUCAGGAUGACCUGCUCACGCUGGUCUGUUUGUAUCUCUCCGUGGCCCCCAGUCAGCACUUUUCGGCGUUUCCUUCUUCUCACUUCGCGAGCCUGCUGCCAGACGAAGCCUCGCUGCUUGCGCAGGCGCUCGGCGACCCUGAGGCCGAAGAGGAGGCGCUCAACCUCGAGCUCCCGACUGAGGCCAGCCAGGGGACACGCGCCCAAGAUUGCGAAGAAGUCGCGAACUGGGAGGCGGUGGUCAGGAGUCAAAGUUGCGUGGCUGAAGUGAGGCCGCGCACGUGGACGGCAACUGCGAAUUUUUUCGAUUUUUCGCUUGUUUUUCACAAUUCUCCUUGCCUUUGUGGUGCUGCUGGUUUCGCGGUCUCGCUUCCAGUCUCCGUGCGGACGGGGCGCGUCGGUCUUCUGCAUGCCUUCUCCGGAGAAACCCCGGCGAUCGCGCGUCGCUACGUGGCGCCUGGACAGCCUUCGGCGUCGGACGCCGCGCUCGGGAGAGGCCGGGCGCAUGCGCAUGGUGACGAAAACGAGAAGGCCGCCAGCAGCGAAGGCGACGCGGCGGAGAAGACGCGCAGCGAGCCUCCGAAUCGAAUCGGCUUCUCUCCCAUCGCAACCUUCUGCGACCGGCUUUCUGCGCCUGCAGCGGCGCAGCACUCGUCUUCUCCGCAGUUCGUUUCCGCGCGUGUCCCAGACCUCCUCGCGUGCUGUGCGCGGCCGCUGUUGCUGCUUCCGCUGCCUGACCUCCGUCUGCUCCUCGAGGCCUUCGCGCGUCUCCUUUCGCGGUGCGGCAAGAGCCCAGGCGACGCCUCAGUGCGCGAAGUUCUGAGCGACGCCGCGCGCAACGAAGGGCUGCGUCUCUUCGCCGCCUUCUCAGGAGGAGCGGCGAACAGACUCGCGCGAGGAAGUGAAGAAGCGGCUGGGGGGGGCUGGCGGUCGCCCUGCGGCGGAGAAUGCGUGCCCGGAGGCGACGGCAGGACCCGAGUGGCGGAAGGCGCGAGCGCCGCCGACACACAGCUGCAACCUGACGGCGAAGAUGCUCUCCGCGUUUCGCGGCUGCCGCUGGAUGUCACGGAGGUCGCCGGUCGCGGCGCGCUGCGGUCUGUGCGAGACGGUCACGCCCUCAGCGCGUUUUUUCAGAGCGCGCAGAUUCGUCUGGCCUUCGCUGCGGCGGCGCUGCUGUCGCGCGACCUCUUGGGGCGUCCGCGCGAUCGAAGUCGAGGCGAAGACAGCGCCGAGAAAAGCCGUAAGGGAGAGCGGCCGGUGCGCGCCGAAGGGCUUGACGGCAGCGCCGACGACGCGCGAGCCUCCGAGCAGCGGAGAGAGCUGCUUCUCUCUCUGCAGGCGCUAGGCGACUGCGGACAGCGCGUCGAGGAAGGUCUCUUGACCGCGGCGCUCGAGGCUGCACUGAGAGCAUGGCGAAGAGAGGAGGCCGCUGCGGAGGCGGCGCAGAGAGAAGUCGAGGUCAACGAGAAAGAGAGGCGCCACGCGCUGCCACCUCGCGCGCUUCCAUCGCCGGCGUCGCCAGACCUUGGACCUCCCCUCUCGGCGCCCUCGGGGAAUGAGAGUCGCGGCGAAACCCAUCUCCGCUCUGCGCGAACCGCGCCGUCUGCUUCCUCGCCCUCGCCCUCGCUUCCUGGUCAAGCGGCGCAUGCGUCUUGGCCGUCGUCUUCCGCUGCUCGCCCCAUCCAUUCUUGCGUGGAAGAAGAAUCAGACGCACCUCUGCUUUCUUCAUCGUCACCUUAUGCAGCCGAGGACCUGCAGGCUUCGCCGCGUCGAUUCGUGGGCUGCUUCGAAGGUAUCAAUUCUGCUCUGUCCGCUCGCGAGAUUCUUCCCGAGGCGCCAGAAGAUGCCUCGCCGCGCGCAGCUCCAUCGCCUGGCGGAGUUCCACCGUCGUUCUUCUUGUCGCCUUCCUCUUCUCUGUCUGUCGAGCGAUUCGCGGUCUUCGCAGAAGAGGCGCGUUUGGCGCUCAGCGUGCUCAGGCUGCAGCGCGACGCGCCCUUCGCUUCUCCGGUUGAAGGCUCGCUUCACGCGCUCUUCGCCAGCCUCUCGUCGGCCGCAGCACAUGCUGCUGCCUCGGCACCUCUCCCUUUUCCUGCGAUACCGCUGGAGGCCUCUGCACCGAGCCUCGAGCGCAUGCAGACUGCGGUUUUCGAGUCUUUCCGCCGGCGCCUCUCCUGCGAGGCCGCGCAACUGCGGCGCGAACGGCGGCGGGGCUAUGGUGUCGAAUCGGCUGUCGCUGAGGCCCCUGUGUGCACAUCGCACGCCCCCUCGCUCUUCUCUCUCGAGGCGUCGGCGUCUCGGUCUCCGUCUGAUUCGCUUUCAGCCGCAGGCGGCGAAGCAGACGAACUUCGUCUUCUACAGAGCUGCCGUGGUCUUCCUUGGCUUGUCGAGGAGGUUGUUUUCUCUCUCGUUCCUCAGUUCCAACGUGCGGAGAACAGCGUGGGCACCGGCCUUUCUUGUUCGUCUUUCGGCUCUUCACCUGCAGUCUCUCCUCUUGGCUCUUCGCCAUCACUUCUCCGCGAAGGUGUCGCUUCCGCAUCGAGUGGCUCGUCCGGGUCUUGUGCGUCUUCGGCGAGCAUCGUACAUGACGCGGAAGCCUCGCGACGCCCUCGCAGUUCGCCUUCGUCGUGUGCGGAGGCCGCUGCCUCUUCGGGCGUCCUUAUCUCUGGCGCUCGCCUUUUGCGUGUCUGCCUCAGCGCAUCUCUCCCGCUCUCGUCGUCUUCCGGCGUCUCGUCUCCGGUUUUCUCCCUUUCCUCUCAGCAUCUUGGCGCUUCUUCGGCUUGUCUGUCGUCGCUCUUUUCGGCGCAGUGUGCGGCGCGGCUCGCUGCUGUGCCUCCUGCUCUCCUUCACUCACUCCUGCUCACAGCGACUUUCCUUACGCCUUUGCCGCAGUUUCUUUCGCUUUUUCCACAGCAUGUGCUUGCCGCCAUGCUGCGCGUGGCCGACCAGGUGUCCGUACAGCUGAGUGCGAGAGAAGGCGGCGGCUUUCGUCUCGAGGACGCGGAAUCCUCUGCAUGCGAAGACGCCGAAAACGCAGGCGAAGAGACGCACGCCGGGCGCAAAGAGAGGAUCGACGAUGGCGGUGCCGCCUGCCGAAAAGCAGCGACAGACAAGAAUCGCAAAGACAACGCAAUCCCCCAGCGAACGCGGGAGUUCGAGGCGCCGCACACCGAGCCUGUGGAGGGGACUCAGCCCUCAGCGCCCACGAGAGGCUGCACGUUGGGCUAUCGGUCGAUGCGAUUCGCUUCGCGAUCGGAGGCCGCGCCUCUGCGAGGCACACACAGCAGCAUGCGAGGCCUCACACGCCAGCGAGAGGAGGAGGUCGCGCGAGAAGAGGAAGCGGCCGUUUACCGAAAGCAGAUCGCGACGGAAGUCGAAGCCUGCCUCGCCGAUUUGGUUUGCCUUGAGGACCGGGGAAGACUCGAGCAGGGAAAGAAAAAAAAGAAAACGAAGAAGGAAGCAACCGCGGCACACGCCCUCGAGUCGCCCAAGCGACUUCGCCACCAACUCCUUGCGUCCUCUCUGCUCGAGAGCGGGGAGAAGGAAGACGCAUGCGAGUCGGCUGUCGCGCAGCGGACCUGGAGGGACGCCUUCUCAUGGCUCCAUCCCUCUCUCGUUUACCGUGUCGCCGCGGAGCCCUGGGCCUCGGCGCGCACUCCCAGCCCCGCGGAGCCGACGUCGGCUUCGGCCUCUCUCUCUUCCUCCUCUUCUCCCUCGGCUCCAGCGCCAGUGUCUGUGUGCCCAGGUGUCGUCUCGUCUGCUUUGCCGCCGUUUUCCGCGUCCUCGCUGCAGCAUCUGCGAGCGGUUUUCGAGCGACAAGACGCGACCAGGGCGCGCACGUUGCAGUCCCUCGGCGAGGCCGCUGUGCAGGCGCGUCUGCAGCCUCCGCCGGACUUUCUCUCCGCGGCGCGACGAGGAGGAUUUCGCUUCUUCAAUCUUGCGCUCGCCAGCGACCGAGUGCGUCAAGGCGAAGAGCCACAGGGCGGAGAGGCUUCGAGCCGAGACGCGUCAGUCGAGCUAAACCACGGUGAUCGUAGGCGCUCUGCGGAUGCGCGAGGAAGACGCGCACAGACAGAAGGCGAGAAAGACGCAGAGGAAGGAAGGGAGCUGGGCGCCGAGCCAGAGGGCGCGAGGCCGCGGCUCGAGGGACUCUUUGCCGCCAUGAGGGACAGGAACGGGCGAGGGCGCGUGAGAGUGAAGGCGACUUGGGAAGAAACCGAGCGGGCUGAAGACAGAAGGGGCAGACAAGAGAGAGACGAGAGAGGAGCUGAAGCGGAAGGCAGCCGCUCCUACAGUCCGGGUGAAAAAUCGAAGACGCAGACGGAAGAGACGAGGAAGACAGGAAGCAGCGGAAGCCGGCGAGAGACGGAGGAAGCUGGGCGAAUCGAACCAAGCCUCGCGGAGGCCUCCUCGGCGAUACCAGAGGGAGUGGAGAACGAAAGUGAGUCUGGAAAUUUUCGAGAACGACGCAACGGCGGAGGGGAAGAGGCGCACGAAGGCGAAAAAGGAAGCGACGCAGGACCCGCAGGCGAGAAGCUGACACACGGCGGAAGUCGAGCUCGAGGAAAGAAGCACAGAGAGAUUCCCGCCUACUGGCUGCCUUCCGCCAAACCCAGUGAGGCUGACUGGGAGCGCCUCUUUGACAGCUUCAGGCGCUAA